AUUUACAAAAAUUGCUGCCACCGAAAUAAACUUGUCGACGCAGCGAAAAAGGUAUUCGCCUCAUUUUCAGGGGUGAAUCAAUGAUAGCUUGUAUAAAUUAUCGAUAAUAUUUCAAAGCAUGAUAUCUUCGCUCUGAAAAUAUCGAUAAGCUUGCGUCUCUAAGACAAUGUGGGAUUUUGGCUACGAUGAGCGAUUCCGACUCUGAUUACGAAGAAUCUGAAUACAUUCUUUACGCUGAUUUCAAGAAUCAUUUGGCCCCACAGGAGCUUAAGCGUGAAAAUACCGCCAUAAAAAUCAUUGGGAUCGAAAGCGAGAAUCCAGUUGCUGAGAUAAAUGGCAAUAUAUUCAAAGGUAAUUAUGAUAUGGCCAUAGGCACCAAUGUGUUUUUCCAAAAGGAUUUUGAUGUAGUACCAGGCGAUCCUCUGUUCGAAAGCACCUGCCGGCAACAGUAUAAAUACGUAAGCACAUCAACCAAAGUAAUAAACUUUGAGCGGAUCUACAUAGAAAAAUUGCCUCAAGAAGAGGAGGCAGUUCCACAAAAAACCACAAACACGCAGGAAGGUGGACAACCUGCCGAUGAACCGGAAUCCUUGAAACUGAAAAUUAAUUAUAAAACAGCAGUUAAGAAAUUCGCUGACGAAAACUAAUUUUGUUAUGUAUCUCAGUA